AUGGAUUCGAGGUUGAUUUCUUUAGUCAGUUACUCAUAUAAAUUUGUAAACAAAGUUGUAGUUUCAGCCUUUGUGGAAAGAUGGCAGCCAGAGGCAAAUACGUUUCAUCUACCAUUUGGUGAGAUGUCACCAACCUUAGAUGAUUUUAAUGCAAUUCUAGGGAUUCUAGUGAUUGGUAAAUCAGUCUCUUGCAAGAAGUUAUUAAAUGUUGACGCUGCAAAUAUGCUAGCUGAGGCUUUGGGAGUAACAAUAGAUGAGGCAAAUGUAGCGUUGAAGGUAGCACAGGGCCAGUCUAUAAAGGUAGAAUGGUUGAGACAACGGUUUCGGUCAAUGUCUGAUGCGGACAAUGAUAAUACCAUUGAGUGUGUAGCUAGGGGUGCAGCCGCAUUGGCUUUUUUAUACCAGCAAUUAGGUACUGCCACAAGGUAUGCCGUGAAACAGAUGGCGGGAUACAUGACAUUGCUGGAAGCUCGGAUUUACGAGCAUUUUGUUAGUGCUAGAACCCAUCCCAAUUUGGACUACAAAGAAGAUCAACCUCAUGUCUUUCAUUGGAUUUCUCGUACCCAAUCUGGUUCGUCAACAUCUAUUUUACAAAGGUUACGAGAGGACCUCGACAGAUUAGAGGCCCAUGGCGUUAUUUGGGAUCUAUACCAUGAUAAGCGUAUUGAGCAUUCUUUUUUUGAUGUUGCUUACUAUAGUGGAUGCUUAAAAUAUAUGCACAUUAUUGAACCAUACCAUCCAGAUAGGGUGCUGAGACAAUUUGGUAGGGUGAAAAUUAUUCCCUUACCUCUGUUUGCUCCGGUUCGAGCCUCUAGAGGAUCCACUGCAAAACAGUACAACAUUGCCUAUAAAUAUUUGGAUACGAUUUGGAAGAGUUAG